AUGGAAGUGAUGGAAGUGCCUCCAGAACACUGUCCGGGCGUCGAGUCGGAUGAGGCGGGCAAAGGGGACGCGUGUGUCGGAUGUCCUAAUCGUUUGGUCUGUUCGUCGGGUGAGCUGAAGACGGGAGGAGUGGAUCCAAAAGUGGCCGAAAUAGCGGCCAAACUGAUGAACAUUAAGCACAUGGUGUUAGUCAUGUCGGGGAAGGGAGGGGUCGGCAAGAGUACGGUGUCGUCCCUUUUGGCCAGAUAUCUGGCCAAAGAUAAGGCCCGAAACGUGGGUCUCCUCGACGUCGACAUCUGCGGCCCAUCCAUACCGAAGACGAUGGGAGUGGAGGGCGAAGAAGUGCACCAAUCGAUGUCCGGCUGGUCGCCCAUCUUCGUGGCCGACAACCUGUCGGUCAUGUCCUGCGGUUUCCUAUUGUCGUCUUUGGACGACGCGGUCAUAUGGCGCGGACCCAAGAAGAACACAAUCAUCAAACAGUUCCUGUCGGACGUGGACUGGGAUCGUCUCGACUAUCUGGUGGUGGACACACCGCCCGGCACUUCCGAUGAGCACCUGUCGCUCGUGUCGUAUCUGAAGCAGUGCUCGAAUCUGAGAGGAGUGGUAAUUGUGACGACACCACAAGAGAUAGCGUUAAUGGAUGUGAGAAAACAAAUUGAUUUUUGCCAAAGAGUUGGCCUCAAAGUGUUGGGUGUCGUCGAGAAUAUGAGUGGAUUCUUGUGUCCCAACUGUUCCAAAGAGUCCAAUGUAUUUAAGCCAUCGGCCGAUGGAAUGAAUCAAUUGCUUGACAAAGGAAUACCAGUACUCGGAAGACUGCCAUUGGAUCCACUGAUUGGCAAAGCCUGUGAUGAAGCCAUCGAUGUGUUUGAAAAUCACAACAACUCGAAGACUAUCACUACAUUUGAAGCGAUUGGCGACUAUUUGGUCAGAAUUUUAAAUAAUUUAAAUCCGGAAUAG